AUGUGUAAGAAUUGUCCAACGCAUGUGCGUGAAGAGCUACUAGAGUAUAUGCAGCAAAAGGCUUCAGCAAAGAACUUAGAUAAACUGCCUGAUUAUGAGGAUGUUGAAACUCUUAGAGAUGAUGAAGAUGAAGAUGAUGUUGGAAUAAUUCUUGGAGGCUCAAAAGGAAGUAGUGAGGUUCAAAAGAAGGCAAGGACAAAGGGACCAAUAGAUUUAUAUUUUGCCAAAAGUGCUGCAAAGGUGGUGCAAGAUAGAAAAAAUUCAAAGCUGAAGCAAACCACUAUUAAUGUGGCAUGUAAAAAGGAAUUGCGAAAAAAAGCAUGUAAGGAUAUAGCUCGAUGGAUGUAUGAUGCGACAAUUCCUUUUAAUGCCAUCAAUUAUCCAAGUUUUCAAGUUAUGGUGGAGUCUAUUGGACAAUUUGGGAUUGGUAUGAAAGCACCUAGUUUUCAUGAUGUGCGGGUUCCCUUAUUGAAUGAACAAGUUGCUGAGGUGAAGAAUUCAUUAAAGUCCUAUGAAGAAGAAUGGGCAAAGUAUGGUUAUUCUAUAAUGGCAAAUGGUUGGAUUGAUAAAAAACAAAGGACUUUGAUUAAUUUCUUGGUGAAUUCUCCAAAGGAAACUAUUUUCAUGGAAUCUGUUGAUGCUUCAGAGUACUCAAAAACUAGUGAUAAGAUGUAUGAGCUGCUUAAUAGAUUUGUAGAGCAUGUUGGAGAGGCUAAUGUGGUUCAAGUUGUGAUAGAUAAUGCUAGAAAUUGUGUGCUUGCAGGAAAGUUGUUAGAAACAAAGCGCCCUUAUUGGACUCCUUGUGCUACUCAUUGCAUAGAUUUGAUGCUAGAAGAUAUUGGAAAAACUCCCAACAUUCAUAACACAAUUAAAAGGGCUGUGACAUUGAAUGGAUAUAUUUACAUUCAUCCGGGUGUGGUGAACAUGUUGUGGCACUUUACUGGUGAAAGAGAGCUAAUUAGACCAGCUGUCACAAGAUUUGCAACUGCUUUUCUCACCCUUCAACUUCGUGUGCUUAGAUUAGUUUAUGAUGAGAAAAUGCCUGCAAUGGGAUAUAUUUAUGAGGCAAUGGAUAGGGCUAAAGAAGUAAUUGCAAAGUCAUUUGAUGAAAAUGAAGAAAAAUACAGGACAAUUUUUGAGAUUAUUGAUAAACGAUGGGAAAGCCAACUCCAUCGACCUUUGCAUGCAGCUGGAUAUUAUUUGAAUCCUGAAUUUUUUUAUUCAAAUGAUAAAAUUAAUGAAGAUGUUGAGGUUGUUACCAGUUUAUACCAAGUUGUAGCAAGGUUGAUUCCAAGCAAAGAAGAGCAAGACAAAAUAAUGGCACAAUUACCUUUUUAUCAAAAUGCUGAAGCUACAUGGUGGCUAACUUAUGGAGCAGCAACUCCAAAUUUGAGAAAUUUUUCUGUCAAAGUGCUUAGCCUCACUUGUAGUGCAUCUGGUUGUGAGCUAAAAAAAGGAAAUAGACUAGCUCAAAAUCGCUUGAAUGAUUUGGUGUUCGUCAAGUACAAUUGGUCAUUAAAGCAUAGAUAUGAUGCACGUGACCGCAUUGACCCCAUCUCAUUGAAAGACAUUGAUGAUAGUAAUAAAUGGUCGAUGGAUCAAAUGGAGGAAGAGAUGGAUAGAGAUGAACUUGUUUUUGAAGAUGAUGAUUUGACAUGGAAUGUGGUUGCUGAAGCUACUGGGGCUGAAGAGGAUGCCUACAAUACUAGAUUAAGCAAAGGGAAAAAGGUUGCAUCUACAUCACAACAAAAAAGAAAAGCAUCAUCCACUCGUACUUCUUCACUUCUUAACGACGAGGAAGAAAAUGAUGAUGAUGAAGAUGUUGAUUUGGAAGAUGAGUAUGAGGAGGAUAAUGAAGACGAUGAAGAAGAUGAAGAGGAUUUUGAUAUUUCUAUUGAUGUGGAUUGA